AAUUCUAUUUAGUUAAUUAUAUAUUUCUUCCUUUUUUAUGAAAUGUUCAACAUUAGAAAUCUUGUAUGAAGAGUACGAUUCUAGCCACAAUGUAAAUAAAAGCCAACGUCGUCGUAGCAGAAGAACCCGUACUAAAAACGUACGCUACAUAUCAGACGAAGACAAUCCUCGUACUGUAUCUCCUGAAAGUAUAAGCCAUAAUGGAAAAAAUACCGAUAAUGAUUAUAUAAUACAAGAGCCAUCAUCUUCAACCUCCAGAAGAGGAACUGGUUUUAAAAAUUUAAAUGAUAUUAAACGAAAUAAUAUCAUGGAUAACAUUUUAAUGGAAAUUGGACUUUAUGAUGAAUUGCAUGAUUUUAUGACAGCUAAUGGUAUUACUGGCGAAGCAUUGAAGUAUAUGCAAAUACGUCAUAUUGAUGAAUUAUUUAAGGAUACCAAUUGUUUGGGUACAAAAAUAAUAUUUGAACAUCGUUUAAAAGAAUGGCAAAAUAAAAAUGCAAGUUGUGAAGUGUCCACAACACAAACGAUGGCUGGUGGUGAUAAAGUAAAUAAUAGAAUAGAAACAAAAUCGUUCCAGUCCACCUUAAAUGGAAUGCUGCCUGAAACCGAAAUUAAUAAUUUAUCGACUCUUUUAACAAAUGCUGUUCAACAAACGAUAAACACAGUACUACAGGAUUUUAAAAAAUCUAGUCAAAAACAAAUCCUUAAUAAGACUAACAAAACUCCCAUGGGCAUUAAUAGAGAAGUGCUUAAUCCAAGAAUAACUUUAAAGAAAAUUAAAAUUGAACCUGUUGAGGAAACUAUUUUACCUGAUAACCCGCCCAAAAGCAUGAUGAAAACUUCUAACAAGCUGAUUAGAGUCUCGGAUGAUGUUUUACUUUCCAAUCAGUCGGUUGAUAUAACUAUAUCACCUCAGCCAAAAAGAAGAAAAGUGGAUUUUGAUAUAAAUGUUAAAGAAAUUUUAACUUCUACUCCAGCUGUUGAAAAUAUACUACAUGAAUAUGCCAGAACUGAACUGUUGACACCGGAACAGAGUGAUGCUAUUGUACGUUCUAUUGUUGAAUUUUAUGUACGCAAUAAACUGAUUUUGACCAUAUCUCGUUGUAAAGAAAUUGCCCAAGAAAUACUACAACUAUUUCCCACGGAAUGUUUGGUAAGUU